AUGAUGUACAUUCUUGUUUUUAAUGCAAUCUGUCUUUACCAAAAAACUGGUGAAUUAAUUCAUAAACUAGAGAUCCAAACUGAAGAUAUUAAAUUAAAGAAAGAAAUUCAACAGUUUUCAAUCCAGAUUUUACAAAAUCCUUUAAUAUUUUCACCCUGCGGGUUAUUAAAUCUUGGAUAUCCGUUUAUAAAAGACUUUACAGGAGCCGUGACCGCCCAACUUCUUAUUCUUAUUCAAACUUCGGAUGAAACUACUGUGUUGUACAGCUCUUUCAAUGAAACUGCUAAUUAUAAAUUAGCUCUUUGA